UAGAUUUUGCAACACAGUACAAUAUUCAGACAAAAUCGUAGAUUUUUCAACACCAUGCCCAUCUAUAAAUACGCAUGAUCGAUUCCUAGCUCUCUUAAUUAACAAGCUAUACAAAUUAACACAAAGAUUAGAAGAAAGCAAGCAACAAUGGCGUCAGCUCCGGCCGCCUCUUCCGCAGUGCUCCUCGUCGUGGUCCUGGUGGCGAGCCUCGCCGCCGGCGGCGCCAACGCGGCGACCUUCACCAUCACCAACCGUUGCUCGUUCACGGUGUGGCCGGCGGCGACGCCGGUGGGCGGCGGCACGCAGCUGAACCCGGGGCAGACGUGGACCAUCAACGUGCCCGCCGGGACCAGCUCCGGCAGGGUGUGGGGCCGGACCGGGUGCAGCUUCGACGGCGCCGGCCGCGGCAGGUGCGCCACCGGCGACUGCGGCGGCGCGCUGUCGUGCAGGCUGUCCGGGCAGCCGCCGCUGACGCUGGCGGAGUUCACGCUGGGGACGUCCGGCGGCAACCGGGACUUCUACAACCUGUCGGUGAUCGACGGGUACAACGUCGCCAUGAGCUUCUCCUGCAGCUCCGGCGUGACGCUGACGUGCAGGGAGAGGAGCUGCCCGGACGCGUACCAGUACCCCUCCGACGAUUCCAAGCUGCGCUCCUGCAACGGCAACAGCAACUACCGAGUCGUCUUCUGCCCAUGAUUUCAUGCAUAUGAACCUACUACUAUAUAUAUACUUCUACUAAACUGUAUCAGGGAAAAUAAUAAGAACAUACAAUAAAACGAACGUGAUCCAGAAUUGCUAUAUGUCAUUCGAAUAAAAUUUGGGAAUGGAAUCUUA